CCACAUCAAACACGCCGCCAGAUAAGCCAGAUAAUUCAGUCAUCGCCAUGAAUACGGCAGACUUUAGCACCAAUAGGCACUCCGCCAACGUGGACAUGGCCAUCCACAUGGCCAGCAAACAUACGGAUCUUUACUUCAGCGACGGCAAUAUAAUCUUACUCGCUGGCAUGUCCUAUUUCUUGGUUCAUCAAGGGCUCCUUUCGCGGCAUUCCGAGGUUCUAGAUCAGCUUAUGCGUUCCAUGGACAACACUCCAGCACUCGAAGACCGCCCGGUCCUCACCUUACCAGACUCAUCUACGGACAUAGCACACUUCUUAAAAGCGAUGUAUGAUGGAAUAUCAUUCGUAACAUAUGAUUCAGAGGGUUUUCCAGCGCUUUCAGGCCUUCUCCGCAUUUUAACCAAGUACAAGGUGCACCAUCUCCGGAACGAUAUCUUACGUGCUCUGUCUACCUACUGGCCUACUACCCUUGCUCAAUGGGACACGCGCGAGGCUUCUGUGACCGGACAAGAUGGUACCUACACACCACGCGAUUCUCUGCCUCAUCCUAUAGAAAUCAUCAACCUUGCUCGUGAAAUCGAUUACCCGCCACUUCUGCCAUCUGCAAUGUACGACUUAUCCCGUUCCACUCCAAGCGAGGCCGCGAUUGGUUUUGUGUCACCCUUCACCGGCAAAAAUGUCAGAUUAGAACACGCCGAUCUUCUGUCCAUGCUCAAAGGUCGCGAACAAGCUUCUCGUUUCUUCUCAACGUUCAUCGUCAACAACCUGGAAGGAAGGCAACCCUCUCAAUGGUGUCUACGUCGCAAGGAUAGCCACACUGUCAACAAGAGGACCUGUCAGAUUGCGUUCGAGGCCAUCACGUUCGAACUUCUGCGAGACAUCAACGGCAUCAUCAGUAACCGAACCUCUGACCCGUUGUACGCGAUGUCCGAAGCAGAGCAAAUGCAGAUGCGCGAGGACCUGUUAAACAGCGAGGUUUCUCCCAUGAAAACAUGCGAACACUGCCGGGUGGAGUUUGGAGCGGUAGUCGAUACAGCAAAGGAGGAUUUCUGGAAAAAGUUGCCUAAAUGGUUCGAUAUAGAUGUUUCCCCUUGGGGCUGAUUCUUGUGUUGUCAUCAAUCACAAAUGUACAGUGAAACACCAGAAAACCUCCCCGCAAACGACUCAAUUAAAAAUUCCACACCAAGUACUGGCUCAGACUGGCUCCCGCUUCUGGAGAAUCAAUUGCUUUUUCGAUCUUCAAAGCGCUUAAGAUUGUCGGAGUAAAAUUUCUCCUUCUCAACUGGACGUUGUUACCAGCCGGUCCUACUUCAUGUGCGGAUGACAGUUAACAUCGUAGCUAGUGGGAUCCUGAGGACGGAAAAGUACUUGAGAUGUUGCUAGCUCCUCUUACUGCUACUUGGGC